AGCCACCCACCCACACACACACACACACACACACACACACACACACACGAGCGAGCGCUUCCUCUCUUUCAGCCACACAGCGCGUCUUACUCAGCGUGUGAACGCACAUUUCCUUCUCCCUCUUCUCGAUCGCCUCAUUGGAUCACAGCGCAAUAGGCUGAAUGUAUGCAGUGCGCACCAUCUGGUAUAAUUCAGCGCAAACCACGGCUGGCUCCGGCGCAUGUGAAUGGGUCUCUCCCUCUCGGGUUUGCUAGAGUUUCGCAGGCCGUUUCGUUCAGACUGAGAGGUGCUCUUUUCCAAUCAUGGCUAUGCUGCAUCCCCGCCGGAGGAGAGAUGCGCUGGUCUGGCUGCUGCCCGGACUGCUCGGAGUGUGCAUGGCAUUUGGACCCAGUAAAGCUGAGGAGGAAGAUUAUGAGGAUGUUCCCAUAAAUAAAACGUGGGUUUUAUCCCCAAAGGUUUAUGACAGUGACGUCACCCUCAUUCUGAAUAAAUUAUUGCAGGGCUAUGACAACAAACUGCGACCAGACAUUGGAGUAAGACCCACCGUCAUUGAGACAGCCGUGUACGUGAACAGCAUAGGCCCAGUGGAUCCCAUCAACAUGGAGUAUACCAUAGACAUUUUCUUCGCUCAGACAUGGUAUGACAGCCGGCUCAAGUUUAACAGCACCAUGAAGCUCCUCAUGCUAAACAGCAACAUGGUGGGAAAGAUCUGGAUCCCUGAUACGUUUUUUCGCAACUCCCGCAAAUCUGACGCCCACUGGAUCACUACACCCAAUCGGCUUCUGCGCCUUUGGAGCAAUGGACGUGUAAUGUACACUCUGAGGUUGACUAUUAAUGCGGAAUGCUACCUUAAGCUGCAUAACUUUCCUAUGGAUGAACAUUCGUGUCCGCUGGAGUUUUCAAGCUAUGGGUAUCCAAAAAAUGAGAUCCAGUAUAGAUGGCAGCGUCGUGCUGUUGAGGUAGCUGACCAACGGUACUGGAGACUUUACCAGUUUGCCUUUGUUGGCCUGCGCAACACGUCUGAUGUGGCACAUACUCAGUCUGGGGAGUAUGUGAUUAUGACGAUCUUCUUUGAUCUGAGCCGGAGAAUGGGCUACUUCACCAUCCAGACCUACAUCCCCUGCAGCAUGAUUGUAGUGCUGUCCUGGGUUUCCUUCUGGAUAAACAAAGAUGCUGUGCCUGCCCGAACAUCUUUAGGUAUCACAACCGUCCUUACUAUGACAACCCUAAGCACCAUAUCCAGGAAGUCAUUGCCGAAGGUGUCUUAUGUGACAGCUAUGGAUUUGUUUGUGUCUGUUUGCUUCAUCUUCACCUUCGCUGCCCUUAUGGAGUAUGGAACACUGCACUACUUCACCGGUAACCGUCAGAACAAGAAAACCAAGUCGAGCAGUGCACCGAAAUCAAGCAUGGCGAACAUCAGACCAGGGACGUCUCUGCUCCAGAUGAACAACAUUGCGCCCUAUCAUGAUGAUGAUGAUUACACAUAUGAGUGUCUGGAUGGGAAAGACUGCACAAGUUUUUUCUGCUGCUUUGAUGACUGUCGCUCAGGGGCAUGGCGUGAAAACAGGAUGCAUGUUCAUGUGUCCAAAAUUGACUCCUACUCCCGAAUAUUCUUCCCAACUGCGUUUGGCCUCUUCAACCUUGUGUACUGGAUUGGGUACCUCUAUCUCAUAUAAAGAUACGGUGUGAGUGAGGCUUGGACUCAUCUAAGAAAUGUUUAAUUCAAUUCAAUUUUAUUUGUAUAGCGCUUUUAACAAUGGACAUUGUCACAAAGCAGCUUUCCAGAAAUAUAUAAAUUCAGGAUAUAAAUUUUACAUUUAUAAAUUUAUCUCUAAUGAGCAAGCCAGGGGCAAUGGUGGCAAGGAAAAACUCCCUGAGACAAUAUGAGGAAGAAACCUUGAGAGGAACCAGACUCAAAAGGGAAGCCAUCUUUAUCUGGGUGAAAUAUCUGGAAAUCAUUUGUAAAUUCUCCAUCCUCUCGAUACUGUAUAAGAGUGGGUGAAUAAGAGCAGAGGUUUUACCAGUGGUGUCUUCAUCCUUUGAUAUGUUGUAUUUUACUAGGUGAGAAUGUGUUAGUGAAGAAAAGAAAGAAGAACUGCAUGUGACAUGUUAGAGUUAUUAUAGUUCAGUAUUAUAUUACUUUGAAUAUUACCAGCAGGAACUUCAAAAAAAAAUCUUAAAGACUGACAAUUUAAUAUUACAGACUAUUUGAAACAGUGUGUGCCAUAUCAAACAAGUACAUUAGACAUAUCUGCCUUGCUCAGUAAUAAAACAUCUUUAAGGUAUGGUACAAUGAAGGAUAUAAUUCAAAUAAACUUGCAUUGUUACAGGUGUGGCACAAAAAAAACAUGUUUUGUGCUGCAUUUUGUGGACAAAUAAAAUAUUUUUAGCUUUCAGCAUACCCAGUAGUUUAAAGAUCGUAACAGCUUUUAGCAGGAAUAUAACAUACAAUAACAUUUACCUAUUUACUAGUAGCUAUGUAGAUGCUGAGCUGAGUAGUUUUUAUUGUAAAAGACGCAACUAUACUUACAUGUAUAUACACAAAUAUCCAGCUUCCUUGUGCCCUAUCAAACCAAAGCGUAGGUAGAUUAAGAUUUUUCGAUGUGCUAAAAUUUACCCUUAAGCCAUUCUCUUGGAAAUAGCCAAUAAUUACAGCAUACUGGGUUAAUCCUAUCUCUGUAAUAACUGAUGUACAAAAAUCUCUCAUGUCACUGUACCAAACAUGUACGCUACUAUAUAUAUAUAUAUAUA